CCCGAAUUGACAAAUCGAAAAGGUAUUGUAUUCCAUCGUGACAAUGCAAGGCCACACACAUCUUUGGUCACUCGGCAAAAAUUAUUGGAGCUUGGUUGGGAUGUUUUGCCACAUCCACCAUAUAGUCCUGACCUUGCACCAUCCGAUUACUUUUUGUUUCGAUUUUUACAAAACUCCUUGAAUGGUAAAAAUUUCAAUAAUGAUGAUGAUAUCAAAUCGUACCUGAUUCAGUUUUUUGCUAAUAAAAACCACAAGUUUUAUGAACGUGGGAUUAUGAUGCUGCCUGAAAGAUGGCAAAAGGUCAUUGAUCAAAAUGGGCAACACAUUACAGAAUAA